AUGUCUGAUCGGUUGUGCUGUGCGUCUUGUGGCAGCAAGGCGAGACGUUUGAAGCUGGUAUCUUGUUUACACGCAAUUUGUAUAGCGUGUCUGGAGAAGCUCGUUACAUUUGAUGGACGAGUUCAUUGUCCGAAGUGCUUCGCCAAAACGCCAACGCCAAGGUCACCGGCGUCUUCAUUACCGGACAAUUACCCAAAGCCGACGACACCAGGACAGAGCGCAUCUAGCAGUGAGCCGGAACCGGUACUGUGUGACGACUGCGCUGAAGAUGAACCUGCCACGGCUAGGUGUGUGAAUUGUGGAGUAAAUCUCUGUGAAACUCAUGCAGCUAGCCACCCACUCUUUAGGGCCACACGUAAUCAUAAAGUGGCAUCACUGACUGCUGAGCAAGAGAAGAACGCCCCAAGAACCACUAAACUACAGCACUAUUGUGCUUUUCACCCCACUCAGGUGUUGAGCAAUUACUGUGUUCCAUGUGACCAGCUGGCAUGCCAGCAAUGCCUGGACACGGGCGCUCACAGCAAACCUGAACAGAAACACCAACUUGUGCCCAUUCAGAAUGCUGUGCAGGAGAUGCGCCAAACUGUCGACACAAACUUCAGCAGUUGCUUGCCAGAUGGGGACAGGCUGAUCUCCACUGCACUGGAUAAGGUAAAGAAAGAGAUGGAUUGUGUGAAUGAAGCUGCGGAGUAUGCCUCAGAGGAGAUCACGGAACAAUUCAAGCAGCUGAAGAUAGCUUUGGAUGCAAGAGAGCAGACUCUCCUGGAGGAGGUGGACCAACUGAGGAACAAGAAACUUACGCUACUGGAAAGCCAGGUAGCCCGGCUAGAAGACGGCAUUGAAGUGCAUCAGGCUGCAUCAGAGCUCUCGCAGAGCUGCGAUGAUGACACUGACUUUGUGAAGAUGGCCCAUUGGCUGAACAAUGCAGUUGAUCGCAGGAAAGCUGUGGAAGGAAAUGAUCUCGAGCCAUGCGCAAGAAGUCAGAUAGUAUUCGGUCGUGAUAACGCACCAGAAGUCGCUGGUCAGAUUGGCAAUAUCGGCACCGUCCAGGAUUUUGCUGAUUUCACCGACGGAUUGGCAGCUCACAUUGAAAAUGCUUUUGAGAAUGCGAACCUGAAGAUUGUGAUCAAGGGAAAUGUGCCGUCAGGCCUGUCUCAGGAGUGUAUCAAUCGUCUUCGUUUCAACAUUUCUGUUCACGAUGAAGACAGCAUGGAACUACCCACUACACUGCUGAAAGAAAUUUCUGGAGAACGCCUUGAGCUGACACGCACACAGCUUUCAACUGAAGGUCUGCUCACUGUAUCCGUACAAUAUGCAGAAGCGCACUUGCAGGGCAGCCCAAAGGUUAAGAAUGAUGAUCAGCCGAUUUUCGAUCUGAGCCGUUGCCACGGAGAUAUUACUAUAAGCAGCAACGAACGCACAAUACGGAAGAGUGUAGGGGAUUCUACCAGGGCUACAUGUUCAUCAGUAUUACCAGCCAAGCAUGGUAUCAGCUGUAUUCGAAUGAGAAUAGACGAGACAAGUGAGUAUGGUGAUGUGCACAUUUGUGCAUGCUCUUCGGCUAAGCCAAAACUGAAGAAAUUACAUGACACCAAAGCGGAGAUAUUUGGCUGGUGUGGGCAUGUACCAGAUCCUAAAUGUAAUGGUGGUCGACUUGGACAGCAGUGGCAAACCGGUGAUAUCAUCUCUCUGGAGCUCGACCGUGACAAUCAAACGCUAACCGGCCAUCACGAGCGCACUGACAGCAGGGAGGUACUUCACGGCAUCACCGGGACAUGCUGCUGGUAUGUUACCCUGUGUGAACACGGUGAUCAAGUCACAAUACUGUAG